AUGUCGGCCGACCUUUUCGCUGAGUUCGCCGGGCUCAACUCGAACAGUCCUCGGCCCAGCCACGCCGCCCAGUCGCAAUCGCAGCCGAAGCUUGCAACGAACACAACGACUGAUCCGUUUGCGUUCCUGUUCAGUACGGCCGGCCAGACGACAUCCCCACUCGCUUAUCACACUCCGACGCAGCCAUGGCCGUCAAUACAACCGCAGCAGCAGCAGCAGCAGCAGCAACAACAACAACAAUUACAAAAUGGAGGCAAAGGAGGGAGUGGUGGAGGAACAGCAGGAGGAGCAGAAGAAGCUCCAUCCACGACCUCGACAAAGCCUCCGCCACUAGCCCUUAGCAGCAGCCUGGCGAGCCCAACAGCACAGCCAAAAUCCGCUCCGGUGCCUCUCGUGCGCAAUCGUAUACUUCGGGCAGACACGAUGGACCUGAUACGCCAGAGCCCUGGCAAGGCAGACCAUCCGGUUCAGCCAACCCCCAAGAUCUCGAUACCAAAACCCAAUCCCGCCAAUUCGGAUGUUCUCUUCGACGCUGACGAUUUUGGUGGGGUCCCACCACCAGAAGACGAGGACGACGACGAUUUUGGCGACUUUGAGACUGUAGAUACGAGUCCGGCGCCCAUGCAAGCAGCUGCUCCGGUGCAGCCCGCACUGGCUGACCUGAUUUCUAUCGACUUCGGCGCACCAAGCCCUCGACCGUCGUUGUCUCAUGUCUCUACUACAACGUCUAUGACCUCGCAGACACGGAAACAACCUCCAACACCGCUACAGUCCUCUUUGAACCUGACCACCCCAUCCCUGAAUCCCAGCCCCCUUUACCCUCAGGCUCCGAGGUCACCAUCAUUCUCGGAUCGAAACCCUUUCCCUGGACUGGCCGUGACGACACCAAUAUCUGGGUCUUUCCCCGCGGAUCUCAAGGAUGAUGACAAAGAGAAAUCGCCUACGCCUGUCACCGCAUGGCCCGGGGCGCAGUCUCCAACAGACAAGGACGAUUGGGACGCAUUCGCCGACUUUCCACCUGAUGCCUCGACUGGCACACCAGCAGACCCCUCAGCAGUCUCGUCAAGUUGGGACUGGGAUGCAGUCGAUACACCGCAGCCUGCACCACCCCGACGGACAUCCAAGACCAGCAGCCAGCGCAAGACCUCAGUGCACGAAGAGGUCAUCGGACCCCCACCCACCAAUGUCCCACCACCGUCUAUUCUGCUCUCGAUCUUCCCUGAACUCCUCGAGGAGGCCGACACAAGGCUGUACAAGCCGACAGCCAACCAGACGCCUGCUGUGAAGUCGCGCGUAUACGCUGACCCGGCGACGCUCGACUAUCUAAGGGGCUAUCUCGUCCUGUCCACUGUCGCAGCGCGUGUCCUCGCUGGCCGUAAGCACCGCUGGCACCGCGACAAGUUCCUCUCGCAGGGCAUGUCCAUCUCUGCCGCCGGAUCCAAGGGUGGUAUGAAGCUGGCGGGGAUCGACAAGACCCAGGCGGCCCGUGAGGACCGUGAGGCCGCAGACGUGGUCGGCGUGUGGCGCGACCACAUCGGUAAGCUGAAGAGCGCCGUGGCUGCUGCCAACAUCGGCCUCCAGAAGCAGGUGGUCAAGCUGGAACCGCUCAAGGUGCCCGAGAUCAACGACCACAUGGCCGUCACCACGGCCAAAGUGGUGCCCACGGCCCCAAAGGCAUGUUGCGUCUGCGGCCUGAAGCGAGAUGAGAGGGUCAAGGGGGUGGACUUUGACGUCGAGGAUAGCUUUGGCGAGUGGUGGGUCGAGCAUUGGGGCCACAGGGCCUGUCGGAAUUUCUGGCUGGGCAACGAGGAGAGGCUAAGAUCGCGGUAG